AUGGAUAUCCCAGAUUCCGGAGCUAUGGCUACAGUCGUCCGCAGCAAGGAUGAUUCACCAUUCAUGAGACUACCCGCAGAGAUUCGGGAAAUGAUUUAUCGACCUCUUCUGAUAGCAGAACACACGAAGAGGGAACACAACGUGAAUAGCAGAGAGUUCGACAGGAAUCGACGCCUUCUACAGAAAGGUCCCGAUCAGACUUACAUGUUUUAUACUGCAAUCCUUUGCACAAAUAGUAGGAUCCACGAGGAGUCUGUCGAUCUAUGUCGACGUGAAAACAACUUUGUGUGCUUGACAUCUCGGCGACCCUCACGUCUUGGAAACGAACUCGAAGCGCUUGGGCUGCAAAUGAUAGCUAAAGAUGCAAAAGCUGAUGGCUUCUGGAACAUUUCGAUGAUGCUGACACUCGAUCCUGUUGAUUUUAACGGCUGGCCAUAUCGUCGGCCUACUUUGUGCGAGACUGCCGGCGGUGCGGACGCUGCUGAGGACCAACGACCUUGGAAAUACAUCUUCUGUAGCGACGAGCUGCCUACAUUCUGUAGACUUCUGUUGAAGUCGACCAAGAGACACUACAGCCCACUUCGAGACACAGCGUUCUACAUCGAGAUUAACCCUGCCAUUUGGAAUCGACAGGAGACGGAGAUCGACUGCAGUCCAGCUGGUUUGGCGCGAAUGCGGAAGCUUCUUGAGCCACUGCGUCAGCUACAUAGCUUCGGAGGGGCCCAAGUCGAAGGCCCUUUGAGCGGUAGCUACAAAGGUAGUAUCAUCAUGAGUGUCUGCAAGGACUCCCCCACCGCUUUGGACAUCAUUCGAAUCGCCAUGGUGGCUCUCACUGAAGCCGACGAGCAUGUCAGCAAAGGCCGGCUCCUGCAAGCAAUUGAUUUGUAUAAGACAGCUCUCAUGAACGUGCGCUCCUGCUGUUGGCGAUACGACGAGCGUGACUUCGUCAUGAAAAACGGGCCAUUUCCUGAGAUGAAAGCCGAACAAGCAAAGCAUAACCUCAAAGUCAGACUACUAGGUCGCAUUGCUUUGGUGUAUUUGAAGAGUGGUAUGUUGAGAAUGGCUCGGAUAUACACAGAGCGCGCUAUGGAUCCUCGUCGCCCUUAUGAUCAUCGACACAACAAGCAGUACCAUUUAACAGUCGCGUCCUGGCAAGACGUCGUUUACGCCGAAGUCCUUCACGUGGCUGCACAUAUCAGCUACACGCAUGGGGAUGUGUGGGAGGCUGUGGGAGACCUUCGGGAAGCAGACAGUCUUGUGCCCCUCAACAAAGAGCAAAAAUGUGUAUACGAAGCGUGGCAAGAACGCGCGGAUAGGCUUGUCACCAGGCGAGCCAAUCAAGAGGAGGCAAGGAAAUCACAAGAACGGCAGCAGAUUGAGAAGGCGGAAGGAAAGAUCCAAGUAGUCUGCAACUGGAAGAGCAAGGGCGAUCGACUCCUCCGAAACGGCAUUUCCCAUUUGGCGACUUCGAAAUACCGAGAAGCUCUCGACAAGCUUGCCGUACUGAAUCAGAACUUGGAAUUAUCCUUCACGAUCGGGUCAAAGACAUUCGAAGACUACUACAUUAGGGACGCCAUCAAUGCCCUUGUAUUUAAGCUUCAGGCAAGUGUCGCAGCCGGUUACCUGAUGUCCCAGCAGUACAAGGAGGUUCACGAGUGGACGGAUUCUGUUUUGGAAUGCAGUCAGGAGGACUGUGAUGUCAUACACUGCCGCUGCUUGUACCGCUGCCACAAGUACUGCGAUAACACGCACAACUGGAUGGAGGACCAAAAGCUCGAUUACCUCAAGGUCCACUAUUGCAAGGCCAUUGCGCUCAAGCGUCUGGGGGAUACAGUGCAGGCGGUAGAGCACAUGGAGAAAGCUCUUGGCUUCGAUCCGGGAGACGGCACGGUAUUUGCGCAGCUUGUGCUGAUGAAGCAAGAUUUAAAGCUAGAACAGGAUGUUGCUCGAAAAUCCAGGGCGAGAAAGCUGAACGCUCGGCAGAUUCAGUUACGCAGGAAACAGAUAAGUCGAAAAGAGAAGGGUCGAGCGUAA